AUGACGGGUAGAGUGGCGUGAGGAGGGAGGGAGGGAAAUCAGAUCAAGAUCAAGAUCAGAUGGAGGAAGAAGAGCACGAGGUGUACGGAGGAGACAUCCCUGAUGUAGAGGCAGACGUCGAUAUGCCCACCGCACCACCAGACGAUGACGCCGUUAAGGAGUUGGAUGAGAUGAAGAAACGUUUGAAGGAGAUGGAGGAAGAAGCUGCCGCUCUUCGCGAGAUGCAAGCCAAAGUUGAGAAAGAAAUGGGUGCUGCUGCUGCUGCUGUUCAAGAUCCUGCUGCUACCCAGGCAAGCAAGGAGGAGGUGGAUACCAGGUCCAUAUUUGUUGGCAAUGUUGAUUAUGCUUGUACCCCUGAAGAAGUUCAACAGCAUUUCCAGUCUUGUGGGACUGUGAACAGGGUCACCAUCCUUACUGAUAAAUUUGGUCAACCAAAGGGUUUUGCUUAUGUGGAGUUUCUUGAAGUGGAAGCUGUUCAAGAGGCUCUCACCCUUAGUGAAUCUGAGCUACAUGGCCGACAACUUAAGGUAAUGGCUAAAAGGACAAAUGUACCUGGAAUGAAGCAAUUCCGUGGGAGGCGUUUCAAUCCUUACAGAGGAUUUCGGAGGCCAUACGUACCUCCUUAUUUCUAUUCCCCAUAUGGAUACGGAAAAGUUCCAAGGUUCAGGAGGCCAUCGCGUUACAUGCCGUAUUAUUAGAAAGACCAACAUGCUGCAGUCUAUUUCUUGGUUGAUCGCGUAUUAUGAAUAUUUAUGGUUUUAAUGGAAGAUGUCCUGAGACUAUAACUUGUUUUGAUGUGUUUGAAAUAUUAAAGAAAUUUGGGGGGAUGAAUAUCAUGUAUCAAGUCAUGGUUAUUUAGAGAUGUAUACUCUGUUUAUUAACCGGAAUAAAUUCAGCUUUUGAUA